GAGGCGCGGGAUUUCCAUUGCCUGCUGGGAAAUGUAGUUCUAGCACGGGACAGGAGGCGCUGAGCGCCUGCGCGAUGAGGCCCCGCAGGGGAUGUGGGAUCCCAACCGGAACGCUGGGGACGCGUCCGGUCCCAGCAGGGCUCCAGUCGACUGUGUAAAGCAAGUCAUGCUUCUGUGCUACUUGGUUUGUUUCCCACACAGUAAGAGGAAAGCCUUCCUGAGACUGCCGCUGUCCUACCUGCCUGUUACUCUGCCAGAGUGAGGCUUCACAGUCCCCAGGGGCUCCUUUCAAGACUCACAGAAACCUGCACCUUGGUGAUGGCACAAAGGGACUGUUUUCUUACUUGUAGCCUGAAUGACUGCCAAAAAGGAAGGCAAAGGUAGAGCACUUGGGCCCGUGGCUCUCCUGGUAGCUGUGGACCUCAGCCCAGCAUAUCAAACCCUUCCAGAGCCCGAGGACACAGCUCAUCGGAACCAGUGAUCUGGAGUCAUGAAUGAAAAACCUUGCUCUUUCGGGACGGAGAGCGAACUCCAAGAUGGACAGGGGGAAAGUGUCUCUGCUGGGCACUCUUCAUUGUACACGGACAACGGUGCACUCAUGGCUUUCAGAGGAAUUCCUAUCUCAGAGCUGAAGAACCAUGGCUUUCUCCAGGCCCUGACCACAGAAACCAAUGGAUGGCAGCCAGGUGUUGUAAAUCCGGAGGUGCUCAGAGCCGAGGAAGAGUGGGAAGUGGUGGACACCAUCCAUCCAGACACAGAGAGUGGAGUCAGCUCCCAGCAGCCUGGCCAGCUUGUGUCCUUCAGUGAGGCCCUGCAGCACUUCCAGACCGUGGACCUCUCCUCCUUCAAGAAAAGAAUCCAGCCAACUGUUCGAAGGACUGGACUCGCCGCUCUCCGGCAUUGCCUCUUUGGGCCGCCAAAGCUGCACCAGGGCCUCCGGGAAGAAAGAGACCUGGUCCUCACCAUUGCUCAGUGCGGCCUGGACAGCCAAGACCCAAUGCACGGCCGAGUGCUCCAGACCAUCUACAAGAAGCUGACCGGCUCCAAGUUCGACUGUGCCCUUCAUGGAGACCAUUGGGAAGACCUGGGCUUCCAGGGAGCAAAUCCAGCUACGGACCUGAGGGGGGCAGGCUUCCUGGCCCUGCUGCACCUGCUCUAUCUGGUCAUGGACUCGAAGACCUUGCUGAUGGCCCAGGAGAUCUUCCGCCUGUCUCAUCACCACAUCCAGCAAUUCCCUUUCUGUGUGAUGUCUGUGAACAUCACCCGCAUUGCCAUCCAGGCCCUGAGGGAAGAGUGUCUCUCCAGGGAAUGUAACCGGCGGCAGAAGGUCAUCCCGGUGGUGAACAGCUUCUACGCGGCCACUUUCCUUCAUCUGGCGAGGGAGUGGAGGACCCAGCAGAGGACCAUCUCAGACUCGGGCUUUGUCCUCAAAGACUUGGAAGUAUUGGCCAAGAAGAGCCCCAAACGGCUGCUCAAGACUCUGGACGCCUACCUAGCCCGGGUGUCAAAGGGACAGGCCUCCUUGUUGGGGGCACAGAAGUGCUCUGGAUCACAGGGGCCUCACUCCAAGGAUCUCACCUUCACAGGCGUGUGUGACCUGCAGUCUCACUCACUGGAGAGUGCCGGGUUGAUCUGACCCACCCCGGGGACCAUUCCUAGAAAG